AUUCAAAGGCAACCUAUGGGGUCAGAUCCAGAGAGGCAAUUGCACACGGAGGAUGAAGGGGUGAGAAGACGGUGCCGCUGCCCACCUGCAGCCCUGCGCCAAUCAGGAGGAGGGGCAGGAGGCAGGACCGGGGAGGGCGGAGCAGAGAGGGGCAACUGCUGUGAAAUGUCGGCGGAGAAGCCAAGCCAAGCGGCCGCCGGCCCGGGUCUGGGCGCCGACUGCAGCCUCAGCGCCGAGCAGCUUCGCCGGCUCCUGUACGGCAAGGAGAUCAGGAAGUUGGAUUUGCCAGAGUGUGCUGUGGCAGCAUCCCAGGAGAAGGAUUUUGAACUGCAAGGUUUUGGGUUUGAGGCAGCCACAGAGCAACUCCGACAGCCACACAUUAUCAGAGUGGGACUUGUUCAGAACAAGAUCGUCCUUCCCACUGACUCGCCAGUGUCUGAGCAGGUUGCAGCUCUCCAUAAACGGAUUGGAGACCUUGUGGAAGCAGCUGCCAUGUGCGGAGUUAACAUAAUCUGUCUCCAGGAGGCUUGGACUAUGCCCUUUGCGUUUUGCACCAGAGAGAAGAUGCCAUGGACAGAAUUUGCUGAAUCUGCAGAGGAAGGGCCGACAACUAGGUUUUGUCAGGAGCUUGCAAGAAAAUACAACCUGGUUGUGGUGUCCCCGAUCCUGGAGCGAGAUGAGCUUCACGGGGACACCUUGUGGAACACUGCAGUGGUGAUUUCAAACUCUGGCAAGGUUCUCGGCAAGACUAGAAAAAACCACAUUCCCAGGAUUGGAGAUUUUAACGAGUCGACGUAUUACAUGGAGGGAAACACAGGGCACACGGUGUUUCAGACUCAGUUUGGACGGAUUGCUGUAAAUAUCUGUUAUGGUCGACACCACCCUUUGAAUUGGUUAAUGUACAGCAUUAAUGGAGCUGAAAUUAUCUUCAAUCCUUGUGCUACCGUGGGGGAGCUGAGUGAGCCGUUGUGGCCGGUUGAAGCUAGGAACGCAGCGAUCGCCAACAGCUGCUUCACCUGCGCCAUCAACCGAGUGGGAACGGAGUACUUCAAGAAUGAGUUCACCUCUGGCGAUGGAAAGAAGGCUCACACUGACUUUGGCCAUUUCUAUGGCUCCAGCUACAUUGCUGCUCCCGAUGGCAGUCGGACUCCUGGUCUGUCUCGUACCAGGGACGGGUUGCUGAUUGCUGAGAUGGAUCUGAAUCUGUGCCGACAGAUGAGUGACAAAUGGGGCUUCAAGGCAUUCGUACCAUGGGAAAAAGAUGCUGACCCUACCAAUACCUCAACUUACAUCAGCCACCCAGAGAAAGUAGUCCAGAGGACACCCACCCCCACUAUGAUGACAGCCAGGCUGGAGAUGUACGAGGAGGAACUGUAUCGGGCCGUGCAGUACGACUUCCUGCCCAACAUUAUCACUGAGCAGUGACGCGGGCUGCAGGCCUCUUCCCCCGUAAAGAGGGCAAAGUUCACGCAGGGCUGCCACAGUAUCACCAGUUGGCCUGUACACUUCAUUUCCCAGCCCAACAGGCCAUCACCGCUAAUGCCCCUUCUUCAGCAACUCAGAGAUGUCACACUUGACACACAACCCGCCUGUACCUGCUCGUGUCAAAUGGCUGAGUUUACGGAAACCAUUGUACGAUGUGAUAACAGUAGAUUGUAAUUAAAUAAUCUGAGCAUUA